CAUAGUUUUAUCCGAACCUAUCAUUAUUUCACAGAAAUAUACCGCGAUACUGGAAUUUAAUGAUAAGAAAUCAAAUAACGAACUUUUAGGAGAAUAUAAUUCUCAUUCAUUGACCGAGUGUGCCGCGAUGUGUCAAAGGGAAUGCGUCUUCUUUGGUUUCAACUCUCAAAUGAAGAAAUGUCGUACCCACAAGAAAAGAUUAACGUCUGAGAUGUCUGAUGAGGCCGGUUGGAGAUACUACUCUGAUAACUUUAUUCCCUUAGAUUGUAAGGAUCUUCACGCAGAUGGUUACACUGAUACAGGGGUGUAUGACAUUUACCCCCAUGGCACCAUUACCAGUCCUGUCAGAGUUUACUGCGACAUGGAGACAAGGGACGGAGGGUGGACGGCAAUUCAGAAACGCGUAAACGGAUCCCUGAGUUUUAACAGGACCUGGACGGAAUAUAAGAAUGGUUUUGGUUCACUUGAAGAGGACGUCUGGGUUGGAAAUGACAUAAUCCAUCAGUUAACAAAAGAAAACAACUCAUUCCUCUAUGCUGCCAUCACUCUCCACAAUGGUACAAGGCUGUAUGAGUUGUACGGUCGCUUCUCUGUCUCCGAUGAAACAGAAAAAUACCAACUCUUUCUUGCAGGAUCUGCCACGGGAACCUUAGGUGACAGUAUGUUAAACACGGGGAGUUCUGACUAUAAUCUGUCUGGGAUGUACUUCAGCACACCAGACAGGGAUAACGACAGGUGGAGUGGUAAUUGUGCUGAUUCGUUUGGAGGAGGCUGGUGGUUUAACUUAUGUUACUCCGCCUUCUUCAACGGUCCCUGGUCCUCGGCAGACUGGUUCUGGCCUUGGUUUCCUACAGUAGAGAAUGGAACAAAUGUGACGGGGACUCUGAUGUUAAUAAAACGUCACUAG